UAAGGAAGAAGAAAGAGCGGCUGGUCGUGUUGAAUUUCAGUGUACGAUGCCAAACCAUCCAGCUGUGUCCUGGAUGGAGAACCUAUCCAAAGACUAAGUACUUACUCCUUAUUUAGUAGUAUUAAACCAUAAAGUUGGUUCAAAAUGAGUUCUUUCCCGGGUCGCAUGAAGGAAUAUCCCACCAUAUCGCUGGAUCGUUUUGAUAAGGAGAAUUUACAUGCCCGGGCUUAUUUUCUAUCUCACUGCCAUAAAGAUCACAUGAAGGGGCUGAAGGGGCCCCUAUUGAAAAGAAAGUUGAAAUUUAGUCGGACGGCCAAACUGUACUGUUCCUUUGUGACCAGGGAGCUUUUGUUGAACAAUCCCAAGUAUGACUUUUGGGAUGAUCGCAUUAUUGCAUUAGAACUGGAUAGUCCAACUCAAGUGGCCCUAAUGGAUGAAGCUUCUGGAGAGAGAGAAGACAUUGUGGUGACUCUCCUCCCUGCUGGUCACUGUCCAGGUUCGGUCAUGUUUCUUAUCGAGGGCGCUCAAGGCACUGUGCUGUAUACGGGAGACUUCAGACUGGCGGAGGGAGAUGUCUCUCGCAUAGAACUCCUCCACUCAGGAAACAGAGUCAAAGACAUUCAAAGUGUCUAUCUAGAUUCCACAUUCUAUGAUCCACGCUUCUACAAGAUCCCCAGCAGGGAGGCUUGUCUGAACGGUAUCCGGGAGCUGGUGAGCGACUGGAUUGGCCGGAGUGCCUACCACAGGGUGUGGCUGAACUGUAAAGCGGCGUACGGAUACGAGUAUCUGUUCACCAACCUGGGAGAAGAGUUCAACACUCAGAUUCAUGUGAAGAGUCUUGCUAUGUUCAAGAAGAUGCCUGAGAUCCUUAGCUAUGUAACGACCGAGCGAGCCACACAGAUACAUGCCUGCAGACAUCCGACGGAUGAGGAUUUCAUACGUGGUAAUCGACUGCCAUGCGGCUCUGUUGCCCCUGACGGCACCCCGCUGCGUAUCAUCAGCAUCAAACCUUCAACCAUGUGGUUUGGGGAACGGAGCCGGAAAACCAACGUCAUAGUCAGGACAGGGGACAGAUCUUACAGGGCGUGCUUUUCUUUCCAUUCAUCCUACUCUGAGAUCAAUGACUUCCUGGCGUAUCUGAACCCGGUCAACAUAUACCCCAGCGUCGUCCCCAUUGGUCGAACCCAUGCUGAGGUCACGGAGAUGUUGAAGCCCAUGUGCAGAGACCAAACCAUCGUUGCGGAGCUCACCUACAGACCUCUGGGGACCCUGAAACGCACCAGGGCUGUCCAACCGUCCCAAGAUGUGGACGAUAACGAUUGGCUGUUUGAUGGGACCGACCUCGUGCCAGUCAGGAAGAAAAGCGUGGCAACAACGCGGGCAGACAAACCCCAGAGCCCCCCCAGCACAGCGCCCCCUGGUGUCGUGGAGGAACACCUGCCCCUCCCCAUCACAGUGCCUCACGCCACAACCAGAAACUACAUAGACUGUACCGAGUCCAACGAUGAAGACGAGGAUGAGGAGGAUGACAAGGAGACUCAGAAGGAGGAAGACAAAGAAGGAACGCAGAUUAAGGAAGAGGAGGAGAACGACGAGACCAAGAAGGAGGCUGACAAAGAAGGAACACAGAUUAAGGAAGAGAAGGAGGAGACCAAGGAGGAAAGAGAAACAAUAUUGGAGGAGGCUGGAGAAGAAAACAUAAAGGAGCGGGGAUAUGAUUCUAGCCCCUCCCUCCCACGCUGGGAUGAGUUCUUCACUGCAGAGCCACUGACUGACAGUCAGAACAGCCUUACCAGCCAAUCCCAUUCCUGCUGCCCUGUAAGCCCCUCCCACUCAGGCCUCACAGGCUCACAGACCCCAGAGUUGUUUAAUGAAGACGAUGACGGCGAUGAAUCUUCCCAGUCUACAAACCCAUUCAGUCAGACCUCAAUAGGUGAACAUCAAAGCCAAGCUGACACCAUACUCCUUGAAAACAGGAGGUGUAGGGGAGACACACACACAGAUAGUGUGUCGAGAAGACAGGAGAGUGACAGCGAUAACCUCCAAUCAGAGCCCGGAGAUCUGACAGAGUCUCAGGCGUCGUCAGACUUUGACAUUCCCUGCACGCCCGAGUCACAGACGCCAUGCCCUGAACAACUAAAGGACCUGUACAAAAAAUUGGCUGCGGGGGAGGAAGUGGUCAUCAGAAAAGGAAGUCAGGGCUUUCUAUGACCCUUGGUUAACUCACAAAAUGAAAGGGCAUAAGCACUGCUGCCUACACAUGUGGGAAUAAGACAAACCAGGGCACAGUUAACAAGCGUGCCCUAUCAGAUAUAGUGGAUUUGGGUUUUCUGUUGAACCUAAAUGAAACGGCAAACAUCUGUACUUUCAGUUGACCUUGGUAACAUGUGACACAGGUGUAUGUAUACCAUGAUGUUGUGGACCUAUUCUUAUGGAAUGAGUUGUCUGGCACUGUCUAAACUAGAUUACCAGAUGCAGGUGUAUCCUCACCUUCUAACCACACAAGUCCCAAUCUUUCCAGUUCCUCUGCACUAUUUUACCCUGCGCACAGCACCACCAGUCAGGCAUAGCACUUCACAGCACCUGCACUCGAAUAAGCUGUAGAUUUCCUUUAACCUCAGUACCUCUUUACUACACCCGUAACCUCAGCCUCCUUAUGAAACGUUAAGUCAGUCCUGUUAUAAACAGCAACUUUGUAAAAAUCUAUUCCAAGAAAUAAAGCUUUAUUUUUCCUGUA